UUACGGCGUAGCUGCAGCGACGCCGUUUUUCCCUGAAGAAAAAGAUAUAUCAACGAAAAAUCCUCUCUCUAUUCUCUGUCCCUUGUCUCAUUGAGUGUAAACCCUAACGAAAGUAUUCUUGCAGUCUUGUUCGAGGAGUGGAUUGCGUAAAGCGAGUUAAAUCAGAGAAUUGUAAUUAUACCAUGAAGAGGGCAAUGCGAUGGAGUGAUCAGGAGGAUGAUUCAUUAUCUUCUGAUGAAUCCUCAGCAUCAUGUUCAGAUUCUGAAGCUGUUGAAAGAGCUGACAAGGCAAAGAUAAAAAAGUCUGCAGUCAGGUCUAGGAAGCAAAAAAGUGGUGCUACUGCUAUUGACUUUGAAGCAUUGAAGCGUCAUGGUUAUAAAGGCGGAUUAUCUGUUCUGAAUAUGCGUCCACCAGAAGAGAAGCCAAACUGGUCUUGGUCUACAGGCAAAGAAAGUAAAGGAACUGAGGAAGUUGAUGAACGUUAUGAAGACCGACAGAAAACUAGAGCUGCAGUAUUGAGUGGCGAACAGCUGACGAAUGUGCAAACUCAGAAAGAAAAAAAGAAUAUUUCUUUCUCGCAGAAAGAGAAAAGGAAAAGAGAACUGGGUCAGGCUAGUAGAGGGAAGAAUUAUGUCGAAGAAGAGAAGAGAUUAUUACGAGAAAGUGGCAUUUAUUCAGGUUUUGAUACAUGAAAUGAUUUAACCAUGCAAGUCAGUUUCUUAAUCGUGUUAAAUAUAUGCAUGGCCUGGCUCUUAUUACAUUAUGGGCUGUAUUUAGCAAAUGCCAUAAGAAAUCGGUAUGGUUGUUUUCCCUUAUUGUCAUUGCAAGAUAGAAUUAGUUUCUUGAGGUUUUUAUGAACAUGUUUAUGUUGUUUCUAGCCGCAAGAUCUAUAUCAUCAAAGCUUUAGAUGUUUUCAUAUCAUUAAAGCUUAUUUAUUACUGAGGAACUUAACCA